CCCAGCUGCCACCCAUGGGCUUAAGAGAUCAUGAGAGCCAGGCCACCUCUAGUGAAACAUUUCCAGGAAGACGCUUCACUCAACGAUGGGCAAAUACUCUGCCAAUCUGCCUCAGAGACUCAAGACCAUUGCCUGAUGUAGCUCUGACUGGUAAAUGCACAAGAGAUUGUGAUGAAUAUGGGCACUCUGAUUCCUGCUGGAUGCCAGUCCGUACAUCACCUGAAAGGAAGCCGAAGAACCAGCCAAAGCUUUCCACGUUUAUGCCAGUUGACGAACGAGACAGCCAAGAGAAACUAGCCAAUGGAGAGGUUUCACUUAUGGGCGAUCGCAACAGGAAUCUACUUAACAAAAAGUUGGGAUCAUAUGAGACCUUCAGUGCAGCCACAUUCAGUAAAAGUGAAGAAGCCAAUCCCGAGGAUAUUCCCCUUAAGCAAACAGGGGAGUAUAAGCCAUCUCCCGUCAACACUUUAACUAGAAGAGAAGUUUACCUGUGAGCUAUUUGAAGCAGCAGGGUUCUUUCAUAUA